UUAAAUGCGUGUUAACACUAGUUUAAGAUACUUCUCCAGUUUGUUUGAGGAUUUAAAAAAAAAGAAAAUCUAAAAAAAUAAAAUGUGCAUUUACAAGUUUUUGCUACAAACAAUGUUUGUUUGCUACAUUUUGAUGUACACAGAAGCUAAUCUGAGUGCUGAUGCAGUAUAUUCCAUGCUAGCUGCUAAAAUAGAUACAAUUAACAGUGAAAUGUCCUUGUUACGUCAGGUUCUAAUGUCAACAAAGUCAGAACUGGCAUUUACUCAGACAAAACUUAAAUCAACUGAGACAGAAGUAAACAUGAUAAAAAGACAAUGUGGACUUAUUUCAGGAAUCACAACAAAUACAAGGUCUCCAAUCACUCCAACUGAAAACUCUACAAGUACCUCAUUUGAAGAUGAAACAUGUUGUCAAGUUGUUGAGAAGGCAAUUAUAAGAAUGAAAGCAGAACAGAAACAGACAAAACAAGAUAUAGAAAACGUGAUAGAGAAGAAAGUGGCUAAAGUAAAUGAAGGUAUUGCAAGAAAUAGUGAGGGGUUGGUAUCCAUGGAGACUAAAAUAGACAAACUGGCUGUAGACCUUGUUAGCCUCAGGAACAACAGUGACAAACAGUUGGUAAAGAUGGGACAAGAGGCAAAAGUGUUGAUCGAAGAGAUGGCAAGUUACAACUUGGAAAUUGUGAAAACAGAGACAAAAAUUAUAAAAACUAAUAACAAUUUAUAUGUUAUAUCUAGAAACUUGGACAACCUAACACAACAAAUAAGAAAUGAAAUGAAAGAUAUCAAAAAAGAAAUAUCAAAUAACACUCUUGAUCUAAAAAAAUUGGAAAGGAAUCUUGAGAAGGAAGCUGAGAAUCUGCAGGAACUAUCCAACAAUCAUGAAAAACUUUCCAUGACAGUGGAACAACAACAAAAUACCUUUGAUAAAGAGAUACAAAAUAAAACAAUGUGUCAGAUUAAAACCAGAUCAGAGUUAGAAAAACUUUCAAGCAACCUCAAUGACUUAACAAACAAUCAUGCCAGACUUGCUGAGACAGUUCAAGACCAGAGCUCACAAAUCACAAAGGUUGUAAAAUCUGAAAUGGAGAAAACGGAGCAUUGCCAAUCAGGUCAUGUCCGUAAUUGGAAUAACGACAACCCAUUUCCCAUCACAUUUACAAUAACUUUCAAGAAGCCUUUUACAAACACACCUGCAUUUACCAUGGGCGCUUCUAUGCUUGACUUCUAUAAAGACAGAAAUUUGAGACUAUCAUUGACUGUGAAAGAAUUGUCUAACAAACAAGCCAAAGUACAUGCUACUGUAUGGGCUGAUACAAAAAUCAGUGGUGCUGGUUUUCAUUGGAUGGCUUGCCCGACUUAAAAACUGCAUUAAAAUUAUAAUGCUUAGUGACUAUUUUUCUUUAGAGUUAACUUAAGUUUUAUUCUGUUACAGAAUUUUUUCCCCUGAAUUGUGAAUUUGUCCGGUACCAUGUAAAUUAUGGGGGAAAAAUCGGAAAUUGUGAUUUUUUUCUUUUCAGAUAAUUAUAUACAAUUACUUUAAUCAAACUCCACGCUCAGAUUGGUUCUUAUACAAUCUGUUCUUUUUCUUUCUUACAUCAAAAAUACUAAUGUGAAACCUAAAUGACCCUUUUUUCAGAUAUUUCACAAGAAAUUCACCAUUCUUUAAGGUUUUUUUUUUCAUUGUCUUUUACAUUGUCCUUUAUUAUUUGGAAACUGUCUGACACAUUUGAUACAUUCAGCUUCAAAACAUCUUUGUAAUCAAAGUAUGAAACUAUAAAAGU